AUGUUCGAUAACUCUUCUUCACACCGUCUCGUCGGAAAAUUCUUCACGAACUCAACUCCGCCGUCUUUCGAAGAAACAGAAAAAUCCCUCCGGCAACAAUGGAAUCUCUCCGGCGACAUGAUUGUCCAAAAGCAAGGCGACAACGAUACGUUCUUGUUCGAAUUCAGACAAAAGAAUGACAAAGUGAGAGUUCUUGACAACUUACCUUUCAACGUCAAUGGAGUUAUCUUAGUAAUCAAGGAUCCAAAUUCUUCCAGCAUGAUUGAUUUCACUGUGGCUACCUUAGUUGUCUUCGUUGUGGGUUUACCAUGGUGUCUUUCAACAAAGGAAUACCUCCCGACUCUCGAAUCUCUAAUCGGCGGCAACGCAACUGAUAUAACAUUCACCGACGGCUUAUUUUGUUUCUUCGUGGAAGUUGAUCUCAAGAAACCACUGAAAGCAGGAUUUUACAUAGAAGAAAACCAGUUCGUGGAGUUCAAAUACAGUCAAUUGGGAGAUUUCUGCUACAAGUGUGGAAUGAUUGAUCACGUGGAGACAAGCUGCGAUAGGGUUAGGGUUCAUAAGGAACGUGCCUUGAAUGCCACGUCAAGAACGCACGUCUAUGGUCCUUGGUUAAGAGAUUCUUUCUCUGAAAAGUGUUUCGAAUUGGUCCUGAAUAAAUCACAGAAUGGUGCUCGUGAGUGCGAGAAGUCUCUCUCGUAUGCUCAAUUCUUCAUAGAGCUCGAGUUUAACAAUGUCUUUAUCUGCAACCCUAAAUUCGAGUCGAGAACAAAAUCCACUCACAGAUUUCGUUUCCCCUGUUCUUACCUAGACACAGAAACAGAACACACGGAUUUUACUACUUCGAAGGCGUACAAGGUCAUACGGGAUGAGAUCUACGAGAAUACGCCUUUCUCUGACCUUGCCGAGUUUUUUGGCAACCGUGGCGAAAUCGGAAGUCUUGUGGAGCAGUUGAAACUAACCAAGAAGAAUGAGUUUUGUUGUGAUGAUAUGUGGUUGGUUCUUAAUCUUCAAAUCAACAGAACAACUAUGUUAAUGCCUGCUGAUCGCUGA